AUGAACACGCUAAAAUGCCGCCUACUGGAAAAGCCACCGCAUCUACAACAUGCACGCGCCGCCGCCGCCCUCGUCUCAGAAAGGCACCUGCCUCCCCAGUCCCCCAACUCCGGAGCCCGUCGGUCACGCUCCCACAGCUCUGCACGUGUCUCCCCUCCGCCUCUCACAACACUUGCAGAUGGGAUCAUCAUCGCUGUCUUUAUCGCAUCAACGCUCCGCCAUCGGUCUCAAUCGUAG